AUGGACCCAGCGUACCAGCAUGGCGGCGUCAAGAAGACGGCGCAGCCAGAGGACGGCCGGCGCCUCGAGGAGUCGACCGACGAGGAGAGCGGCGACUUCGCGGCCAUCGACCCGCACUCGGGCGUCAAGCGCGGCCUCAAGACGCGGCACCUCAGCAUGAUGGCGCUGGCGGGCAUCAUCGGCCCGGGCCUGCUCGUCGGCUCCGGCGGCGCCCUCUCGUCGGGCGGCCCCGCGUCCCUGGUCAUCGGCUUCGGCGUCAUCGGCAUCAUCGCCUUCAGCGUCAUGCAGAGCCUCGGCGAGCUGACGACGUUGUACCCGAGCGGCGGCGCGUUCACCGCCCUGGCGGACAGGAUGGUCGACAAGGCCUUUGGCGUCGCUGUGGGCUGGAAUUAUUUCAUCAUAUGUUUUUGGAGCGAUAAAGUGCCCAUCUGGGGCUAUUUCCUGCUGUUCUGGACUGCUUUUCUCAUCUUCCAACUACUCGGAGUAGAGACUUUUGGCGAGGCCGAGUUUUGGCUUGCCCUGCUGAAACUGGGAGGUCUUGUAGCAUAUUUCUUCUUCUCCAUCAUCUACGUGUCCGGAGGCGUCCAUGGCGCGCCAGCGAUCGGCGGCAAGUACUGGCACGACCCGGGCGCCUUUGUCGACGGCUUCCGCGGCGUCGCCACCGUCUUCGUCUUCUGCUCGACCUUUUACGCAGGCGUCGAGUCGGUCGCCGUUGCGGCCACCGAGACCAAGAACCCGCGAGUGGCCGUGCCCCUCGCCAUCCGCCAGGUUUUCUGGCGCAUCAUCUUUGUCUACAUGGGCUCGGCCAUCUUCUUCGGCCUGACCUGCCCGGCCAACGCCGACGGCCUCAUCAACGGCGGCAGCCGCGCGCUCAAGUCGCCCAUGACCAUCGCCAUCCAGAACGCCGGCUGGGAGGCCGGCGUGCACCUCAUCAACGCCUUCAUCUUCGUCACGUGCCUCAGCGCCGUCAACUCGAGCGUCUACAUCGGCAGCCGCACGCUGCUCUUCAUGGCGCAGGACGGCAAGGCCCCGCGCUUCCUCGGCUGGACGGACAAGCGCGGCGUGCCCGUGCCCGCCAUCGUCUUCACCAACGCCUGCGGCGCGCUGAGCAUGAUGAACGUGUCGACGGGCGCCAGCAAGGCGUACGGCUACAUCGUCAACCUGUCCGGCGUCAGCACCUUCCUCGUCUGGGGCGCCAUCUCCUUCAUCCACAUCCGCUUCCGCUCGGCCUGGCGCGCGCAGGGCUUCGACCCCAAGGACCUGCCGUUCAGGUCGCUGUGGUACCCGUGGAACGCCUACUUCGGCCUCGCGGCCAACGUCUUCCUCGCGCUGGUCCAGGGCUGGACGACGCUGUCGCCCUUCAACGCGGGCAACUUUGUCGACGCCUACAUCCUGCUGCCGCUGUUUGGCAUCAUCUACGUCGUGUACAAGGUCAUCUUCAAGACGCGCUUCUGGCGACUGCAGGAGAUCGACCUGCUGUCGGGCCGCAGGAGAGACCUGGAGGAGGUCAAGGAGAUGCAGAAGGGCGAGCUGGACGAGGCGUCGAUGCCGUGGUGGAAGAGGGUUUGGAGGAGUGCGUAG